AUGGAGAAACAUGAGAUAGAGGAGCCAAGCUCUAUUGAGCACCUAGACGACCAAGUCAAGACCAUAUCUCCUAAGAUAGAGCUUGAAGACCCAGAUGCUCAUUUGAGCCCUGAAGAAAGACAGAAGCUGGACAGAGCACUUCUGUGGAAGCUCGACCUUAGAUUAGUCCCUUGGCUUUCGUUGCUGUACCUUGUCAGCUUCCUAGACCGAACGAAUGUCGGAAACGCAAAGCUCGAGGGUCUCUUGAAGGAUCUUCGCCUCUCAGAUGGCCAAUAUGCGGCAGCUUUGACCAUAUUCUUUGUUUCUUAUUCCAUUUUUGAACCAUUGACCAAUAUCUUAUUGAAAAGAUUAAAACCUAGUCUUUUUAUCCCAGUUAUCAUGGUUGUCUGGGGUAUUUGUAUGACUACUAUGGGCCUUACUAAGAACUUUUCAGGCUUCAUGGCCGCGAGAUGGUUCCUAGGAUUCACCGAAGCGGGACUUUUCCCAGGUGUCGGCUACUUUUUAUCCUGCUGGUACAAACGAACCGAAUUUGGCAUUCGAAUGGCUAUCUUUUUCUCUGCGGCAGCGGUAGCCGGCUCGUUUGGUGGCCUACUUGCUGCAGCAAUUGCAAAAAUGAAUGGAGUUGGAGGCAAAGCAGGCUGGGCUUGGAUCUUUAUCUUGGAAGGCUUAGGUACAAUCGUUAUUGCUAUAGCAUCAUUUUGGAUGGUGCAAGACUUCCCGGACACUGCAACAUUCUUAUCUGAAGAUGAUCGGAAACGAGUCCUAUUGCGUCUUGCAAAGGACCAGCAAGCCAGUGCUGGACAUGAGGAUUUCAAAAUGGAAUAUUUCUGGGCUAGUAUAAGAGAUUGGAAAACUUACGUUUCUGCUUUCAUAUACGCUGGAUGUGUUGGGCCACUCUAUGCCUUUUCGCUCUUCCUCCCUACCAUUAUCAAGGAACUAGUAAGCUUUUCACCUCCCUUUACUAUGUGUUUACCCGGCCAUGGGUAUACAUCAACAACGGCACAAUUACUCUCAGUUCCUCCAUAUGCUGCAGGGUGUCUUUUGACCAUCUUAAUCGGCCUAUUCUCUGAUCGUACAAAAAUGCGUGGGUUAUCCAAUAUCGGCGUAUCACUCAUUGGAAUAGCUGGGUUCAGUAUGCUUCUCGGAGCAAAGUCCCCAGGGGUAAGGUAUGCUGGGACGUUUCUUGGGGCGAUGGGUAUCUAUCCAUGCAUACCAAAUACGAUAUCGUGGGCCAGUAACAAUACUGAAGGAGUAUAUAAGCGUGGUGUCAGUCUUGGUUUCAUUAUUGGCUGGGGAAACCUCAAUGGUGUGAUAUCUUCCAACAUCUAUAGACAUCAAGACGCCCCAAACUUCUUCCCUGGGCAUGGUAUCGUACUAGGGUACCUCAUUGUGUUCCUUUUUGGUGGAAGUGUGUUACAGCAUAUACUCCUGAGAAUUGAGAAUGGGAAGAGGAUUCGAGGGGAGCGAAAUGCUUGGGUCGAAGGACUUGAUGAGCAUGGCAUCGAGAUGCUGGGCGACAAACGGCCAGAUUUUGUAUAUACGCUCUAG